AUGUCCGAACAACAUCAACAGCCAACCUCGCGCCACAAUGAUCCGGAUAAGCGUGGUAGUGGGUCGCCUACCUCCGACAUCCUGCCUCCGAUGGCACCCCUAAUAGCCUCCCAUCAUCCGCCGGGACCCCAUCGCUCCUACUCGGAACCCGUCCCGAUGAUCAAUCAGCACCAUCAUACCCGCCAACCGCCACGCACGGGGGAGUCCUCAACCGACGAGGAUGAGGAGGUCUUGGUCCGCGUUCUGGAUCCGUCCAAGCUCGAAGAAAACAUACCCUCGUUCGAGGACUGGAAACCUGGCAAGCAGGAGCUAGCAGUCAUGAUCACCAUGGCCAUCAUCAGUCUCAUGGUGGCGCUUGACGCCACCAUCCUCGUGUCCGUUCUGCCCACGCUGGCUGAAGACUUUGGGGGGACAUCGACGGACGCCUUCUGGGCGGGGACGUCCUAUCUCCUCACAUGCGCUGUAUGCCAGCCCUUCAUCGCCGCCUUGUCGGACAUCUUUGGGCGCAAGGAGAUGCUCUUUGUGAGCGUGCUGCUCUUCACUCUAGGCACGGCUUUGUGCGCACCCAUUGCCAAGGGCUUCGCCGUGUUCUUUGCCGGCAGAUCGGUGCAGGGGAUCGGGGGUGGUGGGAUCAUCACCAUGGGUCAGGUCAUCUUUGCGGAUAUCGUGCCGCUGAGACAGAGGCCAAAGUACUUUGCUAUUGUGCUGGGAGCAUGGGCCUUGGGGAGCGUGCUGGGACCAUUGAUUGGAGGGCUGUUUGUUGAGCAUGCGAUUUGGAGGUGGUGCUUUUAUUUAAACUUCCCCUUUUGCGCAAUGGGCCUGCUUCUUGUGCCCGCCUUUGUCAAGCUCACAACCAAGAAGACCUCUUUAGGCUCCAAGCUGUCCAGAGUCGACUGGCUCGGUGGCUUCCUCUUCAUUGGAGGACUGACCAGUUUUCUCGUCGGCAUGUCCUGGGCGGGUAUCCAGUUCGAGUGGCGCAGCGUGCAGACAAUUGUGCCCAUGACCGUUGGCGGCGUCAGUGUCCUUGCCUCCAUCAUCUGGGAGAAGUACGGCGCCCGUGAACCCUUCCUUCGCGCAUCUCUCUUCUGCUCAGGCUCCGCCAUUGCCGCCUACGGCUGUGCCCUGUUCCAGGGUCUCAUCCUGUUCUGCGCCCUCUACUAUGUGCCCUUCUACUUUACUGCCGUCCGCUUCACCUCGCCCACGCAGUCCGGCCUCAACAUCUUUCCCGUCACUUGCCUGCUUCUUCCGGGAUCUAUUGUCAUCUCGCUCAUGACCUCCCGCCUGGGGCACUUCCGCUGGUCUAUCUGGAGCGGCUGGGUGCUCGCCACCAUUGGCUGUGGUCUGCUCCAUUACCUGAAGCAAGACACCAAGACCGCCGUAUGGGCUGUGAUUCUUGCCAUCUUCGGCAUCGGUCACGGCAUGCUCCUGACCAGCGUCAACGUCGGCAUCCAAGCCAUCAGCCGGGUCGAAGACGCCGGCAGCGCUGCGGCCAUGUACGCCUUCAUGCGUACGCUCGGCAUGUCGCUCGGCGUCGCUAUUGGCGGCACCGUGUUCCAGAACGUCAUGGUCAAGCGGCUCGAGCAGCUCGGUUUGCCCGUCAAGAUCGCCCACAAUUCGGAGCAGUUUGUCCAGCAGAUGCUGCUCAUGGAUCCCAACGAUCCCGUGCGGGUCGGCGCCCUCGAGGCGUACGUCGUCGGCUUCCACGGCGUCUUUUGGAUCAUCACCGGCGCCGGGGUGGCGGCGCUGAUCUGCAGUCUGUUCAUCCAGCAUCACAGCAUGGAUAAGAUUCUCGAGUCCAAGUUUGUCCUGCGCGGCGCCAAGGUACCGCCUGUCAUGUUUACUGAUGCAAGGCCGGGACAGACGGUGACGGCGCCGGCGCCUGUUAUGGCUGUGGUGUCAAAUCCGCAUAACAAUCAUAACCACCACGGUAGUAGUACAGCCGCUGCUGAUUCUCAUGCCACAGCCGUUCCCGGGCGCAACAGCGAAAGACUUCCCAGACUUUUCGGUGGCGGCGGCGGCGGUGGUGGUGGUGCUGGUGGUUAUGCUGCUCACUUCACUAUCCCAUCAAGACCAGCUUCAACAAAGUCAACCGGCUCAGAUACAGACAGCACCAAUGGCAAAGAAGCCGUAGUGGAGGAACAGCACGACAACAAUGACGGUACCUACGAUUGUGCGCCUUCCUCGUCCACCAGCACGGAUCACAACAGGGCUCGUGAGCAGCAGCAGCAAGCGCAGUCGCAAGAUGGAGGGGAAUCCACUGAUUCGGAGGCGGCAAGAUGGGAGCAGGCUGUUGCAGUGACGUACUGUAAUGGGCCUGAUGGCCAGAGGUACCCGGUUUUCCUCCUUUCCGACGAUUACGCAUCCCAGGCACCGGCACCGGCACAUGACGCUGCUAUCAAUGAUGCCGAAGUUACGAACAACGCCGCCAGUACAAUCGGAACCACCCUCAACAGGCACUCGACCAUCUCUACUGCCUCGCUCUCCUCCUCUUCCUCUUCCUCUUCGUCGUCCUCCGCGAAUUCUAACGGCUCUUCCCGAUCAUUCUCUUUCUCUUCGUCGUCUUCUUCUUCGUCAUGCAACGUCAGCGAUAAAGACAUUGGCACCAACAACCUUGCGGCGGACAUGAACAAGUCAUUUAGAAGCGACUCUUCCUCUGCCUCUGCCUCCGCCUCCGGAGUGACCGAGCUUCCUGUGCCCCGCGCGGGAAUUCUUAUGGUUCGACAAGUCGAAGUCGUUUCUGUCCCGCGAGAGGAGGUCGAGGCGGCAAGGGAGGAGGAAAGGCAUGCUGAGAUUGAGAGUACCCCGUCGUACAAUUAUUAUUCUUCUUCUUCAGGUGGUGGUAAUGAGGAGGAGGAGGCUUGGCCUUUGAAGACGACGACGACGACGACAAGGAGUGAACAAGGAGGAAGAAGGCAAGAGAGUGGUGGGAAGGGGGUGGGGGUGAUGCCGACGGAUCUGGAUCUUGAGCAGCAAUUGCAGCAGGAACAGCAACAGCAACAGCAACAAACACAUGAUCAACUACGGAAAAACUCCUCGCCAACACCCGGGACUUUGUACGAAGAUGCCUUGUCGGAUUUUAGUGGUGAGAUCACGUUAGGGGGUCCUGGUGGUGUUGGUAGGGCGAUAUGGGAGGCUUAG